GCAUAAGGGAGAUAUGAUGCCGGUGGGCGGGGUAUAAAGGCGAGCUGACGCCUGACGUUAGGUGACGCGCAGCAGCCGGAGAGGGGGAUAGCGCGAGGACGCCUUGUGGGAGUCAGAAAGCAGCCGCAGAGACGUAGCAGCAGGCCGGGUGAUACGCGGAGAAGUCCAGCCUUAGCUCACUGCACGCCCCGCUCCGUUCCUCCUUUCCCGUACGGUGGAUGCGGCGCCUUCGGGGCUGAACUAAACUACCACAGUGGAGGCGCCAAAGAUGCCGCAGACCAAGUCGCGGAAGAUCGCCAUCCUCGGGUACCGCUCCGUAGGAAAGUCUUCUUUAACAAUACAGUUUGUUGAAGGACAGUUUGUGGACUCCUAUGAUCCCACCAUAGAAAACACAUUUACUAAAUUGAUAUCUGUGAAUGGACAAGAUUACCACCUUCAGCUAGUUGAUACUGCUGGACAAGAUGAAUUUUCCAUAAUCCCCCAGACCUACUCAAUAGACAUUAAUGGAUAUAUACUUGUAUAUUCAGUCACCUCCAUCAAAAGUUUUGAAGUCGUUAAAGUUAUCCAUGAGAAACUGCUGGAUAUGGUGGGAAAAGUCCAGAUACCCAUUAUGUUGGUUGGAAACAAGAAAGACUUGCACAUGGAAAGGGUGAUAAGCUAUGAAGAAGGAAAAGCCCUGGCAGAAUCAUGGCACGCAGCUUUCCUGGAGUCUUCUGCUAAGGAGAAUCAGACUGCUGUUGAUGUUUUUAAAAGAAUAAUUUUGGAAGCUGAAAAAAUUGAUGGUGGAUGCUCACAAGGGAAGUCGUCCUGCUCCGUAAUGUAACUGUACUACACAAGCUGCGGACACUGGGAAUAUAUUCUACUUGAAUAAGCAAACUGCCUGUUCUACUUCAAAACUAGGCUUUCCUGAAUCCUCUCCCAGGAGAAGUGGUAACGCUAGCAAUUUGCCUUGUAGCCUCUUCUGGGAUUGGAUGGGUUAAGCAGAUAAGGAUGGUCACAGCCUUUAUUUUUCUUUAUAUUUUUAUUCUUUAAUUCAGUUUAUACAGAAAUCUGACUUCUGUGCAGAUCUCUACCAUCUUCAAUCACACAUUCAAUUUGUAUAUCAUAUUAAUAUUAUGGCCAAUACUUUAACUGGCAUUAACUUUUUUCAGUGUAGUUUGUUUAUAAUAUUGUAAUCACUUAAAUGAUACUUAUUGUUACAUUAUUCUUUACUUAACCAGGCUUAAGUCUGUUUCUAUCAUUGUUCGGUGUAAACUUGUAAAUAAAUCAGCUGCAGACCUUA